AUGGACACAGCAUCCUCGCUCCUCACGUCUCUGCCACUGCCGCUGGCCAUGGACGCGACCUCGCUCUUCCAGUGGGUCGUGCUCUUAACGGCCAUCGCCAUUACCUUUCUCCACGUGGCCCGGUCGCGCCAGGCCGCACCGACGCUCAAGGGUCGCCUGAAGCGGCGCAUGUCGACGCUCGGCUGGGCGACCAAGGAGAGCGAGACCGACUCGAACCGGUCGAUUCCGCUCACGAUCACUGUCCUUGACGGUAUCGUCGCCCGCGAGACGCUCGUUGCGCACUUCCACGAGCGCAUGACGUCGGACAAGGCGUUCUUCUACCGCUUCAUCUCGCGCGUCGACGACGGCAACUUUGUGGUCGACUCGUCGUUUGACGCGGGCCACCAUAUCACCGAGCACGUGCUCGUCGACAACGAGACGCCGCACGAUAUUGCCGAGUCGCUCGCCAACAAGGAGCUCGACCCGUCCCUGCCGCUCUGGGCCAUCACGGUGAUGCACCACGACGACAAGACGUCUAACGAGAGCCUGCCGAUCCAGAACUAG